CACACACAUUUCACCAGGAAUUCAGCAUACCGGCAACAGGUCAGUUUCAAAACAUAUACAAGGUUGGAAGCGUUUGAAAAGGUUUGUGUUCUCCAUUCUUUGUUCUGGAUUCACUCUAGCUGUAACAUAAUCUGCACUUGCUUCCCUAUGGAGUCAGCAGGUAUUCUGGGACAAAAGCUCAAGUUGAUUGGAAAGAAACUUUAUCCCUUAAAGUCUCAGGCACAAAGCACCUUACCUCAAUUGCUGUUAGACUGGAAUGAUGCUGAGAGCUACAUUUGGACAUAAUUUUGGCAUCUGGAUUCAGUAAUUUCCAAAGUCCUGAAACGGUUCACAGACAACAUGCAGGUGACAUUCUGCAGACUUCGGACUCACCAGUGGUGUUUCAUUCUAUUUAAUGUUAUCCUGUUUCAUGCUUUGCUUUUUGGGGCUGAUUUUGUGGAAGAAUACUUUCUGCAUGCUUUGCCUUAUGUGGAUAUGAAAGCUCUUGAAAUUAAGGAGAAGGCAAGAAAAUUGAACACGGAGCCCCUAAGAAGUAAUCUUUCCAAGUAUUACAUCCUGAGCCAGUCGGAGCUGUGUAAAGGGAAGAAUAUAUUUUUACUCUCUCUUAUCUUCAGUAGCCCGGGAAAUGGAACAAGGCGGGACCUCAUCAGGAAAACCUGGGGUAAUGUGACCAGUGUUCAAGGGCACCACAUUCUCACACUGUUUGCUUUGGGAAUGCCCGUUUUGGUAACUACCCAGCAAGAAAUAGACAAAGAGUCCCAUAAGAAUAAUGAUAUAAUUCAAGGAAUCUUCUUGGACAGUGCUGAGAACCAAACCCUGAAAAUCAUCACGAUGACGCAGUGGGCUGUGACUUUCUGCCCUAAUGCCCUGUUCAUUCUUAAGGUUGAUGAAGAGAUGUUUGUCAAUGUCCCGAGCUUGGUAGACUAUCUUCUUAAUCUGAAAGAUCACCUGGAGGAUGUCUAUGUAGGAAGAGUUAUCCAUCAAGAUACACCCAACAGGGAUCCUAAUAGUCAAGAAUUUAUCCCUUUUAGCGAGUACCCAGAAAAGUACUACCCAGAUUACUGCAGUGGCGAGGCCUUUAUUAUGUCCCAAGAUGUGGCUCGGAUGAUGUAUGUGGUUUUCAAAGAAGUACCCAUAAUGGUUCCUGCUGAUGUGUUUGUAGGAAUUUGUGCAAAGUCUAUUGGCCUUAUACCCAUCCACAGUUCAAGGUUUUCUGGAAAAAGGCACAUCAGAUACAACAGAUGUUGCUAUAAGUUCAUUUUUACAUCCUCAGAAACUACAGAUAUUGAAAUGCCCCUGGCGUGGAAGGAAAUUAGCAGUGGAAAAGAAUGUACCCUGUUUGAGACUUACUACGGGCUCAUUUCCUGCAAACUUCUGACAUACUUUGACACCCUUAAACGUUUCCACGUGGGUACCAUAAAAAAUGAUGGCAUGUAUUUGGGUGAUUAGGUUUUUUUUUGCUUUUUAUUAUAAAUUUGGUCUUUUUAAAUUAACUCAUACCUCGUUAUAGAAAGCAUCCCUCCUUCCUUGUGUUUUAUGUACUUUCUUUUAGCGAGUUGCAAAAUGUUAUUAGUGCUCGGAUGUACUACAUCAUGUUGAGAUUUCAUGUUACGAAAUCUAAGUUGAGAUAGCACUCCUUUC